AUGUCACCAUGUCGAGGUCUGGAGAAAGAAACGUCCACCGACGAAGAAGACAGUGAUGUCCAAUUAGACGAUGAGUUGCAGUUACGACUUCACGUUCCUCGAAACGCUAAUUUGGACAUUUCAUCGCUCAAUUCCAGCCACCACGACGCAGGAGGAGGAGGAGGAGGCCUGGUGAUUGACGGCCAACGAGUUGACUUUAUUUCACACAUGUUUGGCAAAGAGGAUUACACAUAUCUCCCAUUGAAGAAAGAUCAUCUUUCAAGACCGCUUUGGAUCAGUCCUGAACAUGGUCAUAUUAUUCUCGAAGGAUUCUCGCCCAUUGCUGAACAAGCACAAGAUUUUCUUGUUGCUAUUAGUGAGCCUGUCAGCCGACCUGCACAUAUUCAUGAAUACAAAUUGACGCCCUAUUCCUUAUACGCCGCAGUCUCUGUCGGUUUAGAGACAGAAGAUAUCAUUGAAGUACUAAACCGUCUCUCCAAAGUUCCUGUUCCCGAAUCAAUCACACAAUUCAUCCGUCAGUGUACCUUAUCGUACGGCAAAGUCAAACUUGUUCUGAAACACAACCGAUACUACGUCGAAUCUUCACAUCCGGAAACGUUGCAAAUGCUUUUAAAGGAUCCAGUGAUCAGUGGCGGUCGUAUUGUGCGUGACGACAAUGAUCAGGUCAUCACUGCACCGGCUGGCUCAAGCGCACUUUUAGUCAACAACAAACCUUCUGGCAAGGAUUUGAACAUUCCUGGCUUGCAACAACAACAACAACAACAAAACAAUCAUUUUAAGCCAUCAGACGGCAACGACACAGAAGAAGGUGGUGAGAAAAAGCUAUCGCCAGAAGAAGAGGCAAAAAAGAAAGAAGAGGAGAAACUGUUUGGUGCAGUUGUGCGAAUUGAUAAAGAGGACGAAGAAGAGGAUUUGGAUGAAGGAGAGCAAGUCCACGCCUUUGAGAUUGCUGCGGAACAAGUCGAGAACAUCAAAAAACGAUGUAACGAUAUCGACUACCCAAUGUUGGAGGAAUACGAUUUCCGUAACGACACUGUCAAUGCCAAUCUUGAAAUUGAUCUGAAGCCUACUACUGUGAUUCGUCCUUACCAAGAAAAAAGUUUGUCGAAAAUGUUUGGCAACGGACGUGCACGAUCUGGUAUUAUCGUGCUUCCAUGUGGUGCUGGUAAAACGCUCGUUGGAAUCACAGCUGCUUGUACCAUCAAAAAGAGCUGCUUGGUGCUCUGCACAUCUUCUGUCUCGGUAAUGCAAUGGAAGCAGCAGUUCUUGCAGUGGAGUAGUAUCAAGGAAAAUCAGAUUGCUGUGUUUACUUCCGACUGUAAAGAAAAGUUCUCGGGAAGUUCUGGUAUAGUCAUUUCUACAUACUCCAUGGUUGCCAACAAACGUAAACGAUCCUACGAUGCGCAGAAAAUGAUGGAAUUCUUGGAGUCGCGCGAAUGGGGUUUCCUGUUGUUGGAUGAAGUGCACGUUGUACCAGCCAACAUGUUCCGAACCGUAGUCACUACCAUUGCCGCCCACGCAAAGCUCGGCUUGACGGCAACGCUUGUUCGUGAGGAUGAAAAGAUCGACGAUCUCAACUUUUUGAUUGGACCCAAACUUUAUGAAGCAAAUUGGAUGGACCUAGCCAGUCGUGGACAUAUUGCCAAUGUUCAAUGCGCCGAAGUGUGGUGUCCCAUGACGCCUGAAUUCUACAAAGAGUAUCUGCAAGAAAAUUCACGAAAGCGGACGCUUCUCUAUGUGAUGAACCCCAAGAAACUGCAAGCCUGUCAGUACUUGAUCCAGUAUCACGAAGCGCGUGGUGACAAGAUUAUUGUGUUUUCAGACAACGUUUAUGCACUUGUGGAGUAUGCAAAGAAGCUAGGCAAACCCUAUAUCUAUGGUGGCACAGGCCAACAAGAGCGAAUGAGAAUUCUUCAAAACUUCCAGUACAACCCGGCCGUCAACACCAUCUUUUUGUCCAAGGUUGGUGAUACCAGCAUCGAUCUGCCCGAAGCUACGUGCCUUAUUCAAAUUUCAUCUCACUAUGGUUCCCGACGCCAAGAAGCCCAGCGUUUAGGUCGUAUUUUGCGAGCCAAGCGUCGUAACGACGAGGGCUUCAAUGCCUUCUUCUAUUCGCUUGUAUCGCGUGACACACAAGAAAUGUACUAUUCGACCAAGCGACAGCAGUUCCUAAUCGACCAAGGUUAUGCAUUCAAAGUGAUUACGAAUCUGGAAGGAAUGGAGACAGAUCCAAACCUUGUGUUCCGAACACACCAAGAGCAAAUGGAUCUCUUAAAGUCGGUGUUACUAACAAACGAGGCUGACCUCAAUGAUGAAGACUUGGGUAACAAUGACGAUGUCGGGCGUAUCACGGACCGCAAGGCUGCAGCCAAAGGCCGACCGGUCAAACGAUCGGUCACCACGUCAAAGACCCUGGCUGGCGGAGACAACAUGGCAUACCUGGAAUACUCGCGCAAUUCGGGAGGGCAGUUCGCCAGUGGUCGUGGCGGGCAGUCCGGCAGUUCGAAAGAGCAUCAUGCAUUGUUUAAAAAGUAUCUUGGACGCAAGUAG